AUGGCUUUGCAGAUUAAACCAAAACGAAAAGCCAUAAGCCCCGUGGUUGAAAAUAUAACCAAAAAUACUACCAUACAUGGUCUUUAUAUUGUUGGUUUACCAAAUAUACAUUUAAUUGAACGCAUAAUUUGGUUGAUAAUUAUUGGAAUUGCAUUAGGAGGAGCAAUAGCAGUGGCCCUCUCCAAUUGGAGAAGGUACGCAGCCAAUCCAACAGUGGUGUCCCUGCAAAAGGACUUCAGGAACUGGCUUAAUCCGUUUCCAGCUGCCACUGGAUGCUUCAUAGAUAAAACUGAUGAACGAAAGGCGCAAAAGUUUAUUAAAGAGAAGUGGGGGCUAGUUCCUACCGACUUAAAUUACGACAAUUAUAUGGACUUUGUAAAAACUGUUGCUAAUAUUUCAUAUCACAAUCUUCAUGAAUUUGAAAGGUUUAAAAAUAAUCCCGUACUAAAUAGUGCGAACAUGUUGGAAGUUGCAGGAAAUGUCCAUCCUCUAUUAUCUGGAACUUUAGUGACUUUCGACACAAAACGAAAAACCAAUUGGCAGUUAGUAAUAACAGAAUUAGGAAUAUGUUUUUCAGUCAACUCUAAAUUCGAAAAUCUUUUAUCUUUUAAAAUUCCUGGAGAUAUAACUAAACAAUCUAAUACUGAUCAAACAAUAUUAAGAUGUCAUUAUUUAAAUGGCUUGUGUUAUGCUAGGUAUGAUUCUGAUCCUCAAAAACCUCUAAAAUACUACGUUCACUCUUACUUGGAUGUUGUUCACGCAACAUCAGAAUCCCCGUUGCAUAUUAGAGAAAGCGAGGAACUGGAGAUCAAUUAUCGAAUGCAGGAAACACUAGCGUCACCCGGUUUGCGAAAACUAACUCCAUCCCAACGAAGGUGCAGAUUUGACGAUGAACCCAUACAUAGAGACUUUCCUGUUUAUAGUACCAGUAUUUGCUACAUUGGUUGCAGAUAUAACCUGGCAAUGCAGCUGUGCGGAUGUAAACCUUUCUUUUACAACUUCUUGGAUGGAAAAGAAUGUGACAUAGAAGGUCUCGUAUGUUUAUCCAAAUAUGCAGACAAUAUUACUAAACCGCCUUCUGAAAUAGGUUGUAACUGUCCUCAACCCUGCGAUAUUAUAACUUAUUUACCACAAAAACCGAAAUAUACAAAAUGGGAACAUGGAUAUUUUGACCAAAGAAUAACGUUUCGUUGGGGUUUAUUGCCACCAACUACCAAGUAUCAUCGUGAUGUAAUCUUUGGUUUGGAAAAUCUUGUUGUAUCACUAGGAGGGACCGUAGCAUUAUUUUUGGGAAUAAGCACUAUGAGUGUAAUAGAAAUAAUAUUUCUUAUCUUAGAAAGUUUUUGCACUUGGUACAAAAAUAAAAGAGGCUCUAAUAAAAUGCAAAAACCGAAAAAUCAAAUUACUUUAAGACAAUUUCCUGGUAAAAAUAUUCACUUAAAAAAAUAUUAUUCUACCUCUAAUUACCACGGAUUAACACACUAUCAAAAAUCAUAUUAUAAUCAGUGAUAUCUAUGUUAAUGUCACUAAUGGAUUUGAGUAUUAUGCAUUAUGAAUAUUAUUAUAUUAGAUAAAAACCAAUAUAUUGUAACAAAUACACAAUAUGA